AUGGUGAACCUCACCACCCGCACCGCCGUGCUAAGCGGCCUCGCCGCCCUCGCCGCCACCACGACCGCCUCGCCCAUCCUCACCACGUCCAACACCAACACCACCACGAACGGCACCGCCCCGGCCCAGCCCCCCGUCAUCACCCUCUCCCCCUCCGGCCUCGAGCUCCACGGCACCAUCAACACCACGCGCUCGCCCUCGGUCGCCCAGUACCUCGGCAUCCCGUACGCGGCGCCGCCCACGGGCGCGCGCCGCUUCGCGCCGCCGGAGCCGUUCGCGUCGCUCGUCGACACGACCGUCGUCGACGCGAGCAGGCCCGCCAAGAGCUGCUGGCAGCACGUCAGCGCCGCGCCCGGCAUCCUGCGCACCGACGCGCCCGAGUUCAUGAUCGCCGACGCGGCGGACAAUAUGAGCGAGGAUUGCUUGUCCGUGAGCGUGUGGGCGCCCGUCAACGGGACGAGGUUGGUCGGCGGCACGGAGGAGGAGGGCGCGAAGGGGUUGUUGCCCGUCGUGGUGUGGUUUUAUGGCGGGGGCUUCGCGACGGGCGGGACCGACGUGCCGUAUCAGUUGCCGGAUCGGUGGGUGGAGAGGAGUGGCGAGCAUUUGGUUGUGGCGUUUAACUACCGCCUCAACAUUUUCGGCUUCCCGAACGCCGCGGGGCUGGACGAAAAGAAGCAGAACGUGGGCCUGAUGGAUCAGCGAUUCGCCGUCGAAUGGAUCCGCGACAACAUCGCCGCCUUCGGCGGCGACCCAGAGCAAAUGGUCAUCUGGGGCCAGUCCGCCGGCGCCGUCGCCGUCGACUACUACAACUUCGCGUACCCCUCGGACCCCAUCGUCAAGGGCCUCAUCAUGGACUCGGGCACCGCCCACCUCGACCAGCUCACCAGCUGGGACCUCGGCCACACCAACUUCACCGCCGUCGCCCAGGGCCUCGGCUGCGGCGCCAACCAGACCGCCGCCGCCGAGCUGGCCUGCAUGCGCGAAGCCCCCGCGUCCAAAAUCGCCAACUUCAUCGCCGAGUACCAAGACUCGACCGCCACGAACAAAAAGACCCUCUCCUUCUCCCCGCGCGCCGACAACGUCGUCGUCUUCGGCAACUACACGGAGCGCAUCAAGGACUCGGACCUCGUCUCGGGCCUGCCCGCCGUCAUCGGCUUCAACCGCAACGAGGGCGCCUUCCUCGCCGACUACGACGCCGUCGCGGGGCCCGACGCCGCCACCGUCGCGUCGCUCGGCUACGAGUAUUUCUACUGCCCCGCCACCAAGACGUCGCUCGAGCGCGACGACGCCGGCCUCGCCACCCACCGCUACUACUACGCCGGCAACUUCUCCAACGUCUCCCCCUUGUGGUUCGACGGCGCGUAUCACUCGUCGGAGCUGCCGCAGAUUUUCGGGACGGCGGGCGACUUCCGCGGGGAGUCGACGACGUUUGAGGAGGAGGUGGGCCAAGCGAUGCAGGAUGCGUGGUUGGCGUUUGCGAAGGAUCCGAAGAAGGGGCUGGAUGGGGUGGAGUGGCCAAAGUGGAAGGGGCUGGGCGGCGAUGUGAGGCAGUUUGCGGUUGGCGACGUGGUUGCGCAGACGGGGGAUGCGGUUACGUUUGAGGAGGAGUGUCAGAGGAGAGGGCUUUUGUGA